AUGGCGGCACGCGCGGUCCCGCAGCUCCCGGCUAGCCGCAGGUCCGAGCCCGCAUUCCGCGAACAAAGACAACAGAAAGUCAAAGAAUAUCUAUCAAGAAAGAGGACUUCUGGUGUGCCCAUUCAAGAAGACCAGACAUCCAUCAGUAGCAGAACUAGGAGAGCGACUACCAGUAAACUGCAAGAUAAGUUACAGCUCUCAACAUCUCCCAAACCAGAAAUGGAAAAUAAAGAGAAUGCUGAUCAAGUGUCAUGGGACCAAUCAAUUUUAAACUCAGAAAAAAAAGUAAAUUUAAAUUCUUCUACAAUCCCACUGACAAGUUACAUAUCAGGGACAAACUGUAAUCUUGAAAAUCAAGCUCCAAAGAAUAAAGUCAUUGAUAUAAAAUCUCAGCAUGUAUCACUUAACAAAGCCAUCUUGGAAAUAAAAAGAAUCAAAGAGAGGCAUUUGACAGCAGAAAAACAAAAUGCAAGUAUCAGUGUACCAAAGAAACCAGCUCUUGGCAGAUAUCGUGGCAGAGUUAUCCAAUCCAAGGUAAAUUCUUUCUGGAAAGCAGGAAAAACUGAGGGGGAAAAGAGUUCUUUGCCAGACAAGAAGCUUUUUCCUUCUGCCACCAAACAAGCAGCAAAUUCUUCGUCCACAAAAAGCUGUAGUGCAGUUCUGAAGACCAUCAAAGUCACAAACAACCCUAAGUCUGUAAAAUCAAAUGAUGUCCUGCCAUUUCACAGCAAACCAUCUGAUAAAGCUGCUACUCAGUCUGGUCUGAAGAAACAGCUGACGUUUACUGUGCCACCAAAGAAAGUAACAGUCCCAAAAGUGGUUGGUGGUAGGGCACCACAGCCACUGAAGGCUGCUUCUAGCAAUCCUGAUCGCAAAGUGUGGGGUGUGAAGAAACGUACAGAUUUUUUUGAAGAUGCAAGACCAGAAGCUCCAGCGAAAUCAACUUCUGCUGCUCCUGGUACAAAAUCAGGACAGAAUUCUAAAACAGAUGGCAACAGAAAAUCUAUUCUGCCAAAAGAAUCAGCAGAAGUGAGAAGAGCUCGCUUGGAAGAAUGGAGGGCAUCUAGAGGAAAAGUGAUGAGACAACCUCCUCUACAUGCACUUCUGGGACCCCAGUCUAAAAGUAAAGAACAGGAGUUAUCUGCCGCUGAUAAAGAAAAAGUCAACAAGACUCUGAGUGAAUGCCUGCAGUUAACACAACAGGGACAUCAAAGUGAUGAAGUACGUGCCAUGUUGGAAGAUCUGAUACAGAGCAUUCCUGGGGUUAAAAAGCUUGCAAAAUAUUGGAUCUGCUGUAUGCAUCUUGAACGGAUGGGCCAUCUCGGAAAGCUUAUUGCUGUCUAUGAGAAGGCCAUUUUGGCAGGAGCAAUGCCCAGAGAGGAAUUACGACACACAUUAAUAGAUACAAUCAAAAAUAUGGAAGAUCUUUUAAACUCUGACAGUGGGGGAACUGUGAUGGAAGCUCAUUUACGUGAGGUAGUGGAAGACAUCAAGGAACCAAAUUUGUCUGUAGAGCCAGUUCAGGAAAACUUCAAAGAUGUCUGCCCUGAUGAUGACCAAAAAGAAGAGAGUGAUGAUAAGAAGACAGAGACAAACAAAAAAGAAGAAAUUGAUUUAGAAUCAAAACCAAGAACAGAGAUCUUGCCAAAAAAGAAUAAAAAGCACAAGGCUAAAGAACGGGCAAAAAAGAAAGGAAAGUGUGAAAAAGAACAGAAUGAGGAUGGGAUAAAAAACACAGCUCAAGCAAUUAAUUCUCCUGAGAAGGAGAAUGACACAUCUUAUUCAAUGAAAUACAACCCUCCUACCACACCAUAUUUGGAAAGUGUGAAGAUGCAUCCUGAGGCAAAUGACUGCAGUGCUAAAGAUCUGAAAAUCAUAACUCCUUUGCGAUAUUCUCAACGCAUUCGGGAGAAGAUGGGCAAGCUGCCUGAUGCUGUUAAAGAUCAAGAUCCAUGUGUCUCUUCACAUGAGCAGCUGGGAGACUUGGAAUCAAAAGCCUCUGUGUUUAUCCACAAUCAGAGCAACACCCUCCAAGAAACAAGCGCUGAAAUAGAAGAGUAAAAGUAGUGCUACUGCUACAGGGGAGUUAAAAUUUGAUAUUUUUUAGGGAGAGUUGAAUGGUACUUGUUUUAUGCAGCUUUGAGAAAGGAGCUGUCUAAAAAUUUGUGGACUGCCUGAGUCACAGACUUUUAAAGUUUCUACUUUUUCAAAAUUCUAACAAAACUGGUUUUAGUACUAGACUAAGUACUGUUGUCUUUAUAUUGACUAUGUUUUAUUAAAUUUUCAAUUAAGGACUAGGUAUAAUGCUUCAUGUUAAUAGUUGAUAGUAGUAUAUUGCUAAUACCUACUGUUUUCUUGUUGCAAUUCCUGUGAAUUCCAUAGAAACACGCAAUCUUUCAGUUUAAGAAAACCAAGUACUGUAGGUGCUCCAGUAAUGCAAUUAUCUAUUCUGACAAGAUUUAGCUUUGAAAACUGAAGCCAGCUAAUAAGGUGUGUGCUGAAUUUAAACUGUUUUAUCUAGUUUAAGGGCUGCUUCAACAAAACAAAGUUUAGUCUCUUUAGUUACUGAGAUUUAUUCAUUAUCAAGUAAUCCUAGAUGA